AUGGCGACGGUAGGUGAGAAUACAGGCGAUGGUGAAUUAGACCUGAGUGGGAUCGAUGACAGUGAAAUAGAUCGGUAUAUACUUAAUGAAACAGAAGCUCAGAUAAAAGCAGAGCUGUGGAUGAAAGAAAAUGCAGAUUAUUUGAAGGAACAAAAAGAAAAGGAAGCAAGAAUAGCAAAAGAGAAAGAACUUGGGAUUUAUAAGGAACACAAGCCAAAGAAAUCUGCAAAGAAGCGGGAGCCAAUUCAAGCCAGCACAGCAGGAGAGGCAAUUGAAAAGAUGUUAGAACAGAAGAAAAUCUCAAGUAAAAUUAAUUAUAAUGUGCUAAGGGACCUGAACAGCAAAGGAAGUAACACACCAAAGAAAGAGGAUGACAGCACUGAUGACAGCACCAACACCAAGAAGCUGUCGAGAAGAAAAUCUAUUGCCAGUAGGAAUAUAGCCAACCCUGUAAACAGUGUGGGAAAAAG